AUGUUUGCUGAACUUCAGGACCUUGGACGUGAUCCACCAGCGCAAUGCAGUGCAGGGCCAGUUGGUGAUGACCUUUUCCAUUGGCAGGCCACUAUUAUGGGACCGCCAGAAUCGCCAUAUCAGGGCGGAGUGUUCUUCUUGACAAUCCACUUUCCAACAGACUAUCCGUUCAAGCCGCCAAAAGUGGCGUUUACGACUCGUAUAUAUCAUCCAAAUAUCAACAGCAAUGGAAGCAUCUGCUUGGACAUUCUGAGAUCUCAAUGGUCUCCAGCUUUGACUAUCUCAAAAGUUUUGCUGUCAAUUUGCUCAUUGCUCUGUGAUCCAAAUCCGGACGAUCCGUUGGUGCCCGAGAUUGCGCGCAUAUAUAAGACUGAUCGAGAGAGAUACAAUACGCUGGCUCGUGAAUGGACGCAGAAAUACGCCAUGUGA